AUGGACACAGUGAAUAGUGUAAGGAUGCAAUGGAGGGCAUUAUCGACAAAGGACACAAUGGAGGACACGAUGAAAGAUGUAACAAAGAACAAUGAAGGGUGCAAAAACACAGAGGAGUACAUGAAGACACGAUGGACAAUAAAACCGAGCAAGAAUGAAAUCAAUAUUACAACUAACAAUGACCACUAA